AUGGCAGAGCGCGGUGGUUUCGGACGUGGCUUUGGACGUGGUGGACCUAGGGGUAGGGGCAGGGGACGCGGCCGUGGUCGCGGACGUGGUUCAGCCGAAGAUGAUCUGAAAGACUGGGUGCCUAUUACCAAGCUUGGCCGUCUUGUCCGUGCUGGAAAGAUCGCCUCCAUUGAGGAAGUGUACCUUCAUUCGCUUCCUGUCAAGGAAUUCCAGAUCAUCGAUCAUUUCUUCCUUCCCGAAGCCACCUCCCGCCCACUCAAGGAUGAAGUGAUGAAAAUCAUGCCCGUUCAGAAGCAGACCCGCGCCGGACAGAGAACUCGUUUCAAGGCAUUCGUCGCUAUCGGUGACAGUAAUGGGCACUGUGGUUUGGGAGUAAAGUGUGCAAAGGAAGUGGCUAGCGCGAUCCGCGGUGCUAUUAUCGCUGCCAAAUUGAGCCUUAUUCCUGUCAGGCGUGGCUACUGGGGCAACAAGAUCGGUGACCCUCAUACUGUGCCCAUGAAGGUAUCAGGGAAGUGCGGUUCUGUACGGGUUCGUCUUAUCCCUGCUCCCCGCGGUACACACAUUGUAGGUGCUCCCACAACCAAGAAGAUCCUGGCGUUUGCCGGCAUUAAGGAUUGCUUUUCCAAUUCAAAUGGUUCGACAAAGACCAGAGGCAACUUCAUGAAGGCUCUCUUCGAUGCUUUGAAACAGACGUACGGGUACCUGACCCCUGACUUGUGGAAGCCUAGACUGUAUACGAAGUCGCCGUUCCAGGAAUGGUCUGACUUCCUUUCUAGCACAAAGAAUGCUCUCGUUGCCGCUUAA